AUGGAGUACGCCGCGCCCAGUCUGGGUGCAAGCACACCAUCGACAGUCCCACUGGCCACGACGGCAGCAAGGUCAUGGACUGAAAAGCCUCCGGCUAUGGUGGACUACGCCUGUUGUGCCCUGCUGUUCACGGAAAUGGCAAAUGCGCUCCAAGCAUCCACUGCCUACAAGACACAGCGUGCGAAUGAUAUUGUAGCUGAGCUGCAACAGCAGGAUCCAGGCGCCUAUGUUCCACCUUUGUUGACUACUUCAGACCAGGCGGAUAUGGCCAACAGUCGCAUGGAAGAGCUAGGCCGACACGUUGGUGCAAACCUAACAGAGAAACUGGGGCAAGGAAAGCCGCGCAUGAACGACACUCUCGAGCGCGUCAAGUUUGUGUGCAAGGAUCUGUGGUCGGCGGUAUGGGAUAAGCAGAUUGACAACCUGCGCACCAACCACAGGGGUGUCUUCGUAUUGCAGGACCACUCCCUCAAGACACUUGCAGCGGUACGGAGCGCGGACAAAGGCAAUGCUUUUGUUGCGAUGGUAGGUCAUAUGCUCUCGCUGACGCACUAG